AUGCUUAUUCACAAAGGAAUACGCCCUCAUCGAUGCAAUGAUUGUAAUAAAACAUUCACACAAUUCCAACAUCUGCAAAGACACAUGCUGAUUCACAAAGAAAUAUGCCCACAUCGAUGCAAUGAUUGUAAUAAGACAUUCACACGAUUCGAUCAUCUGAAAAGACACAUGCUUAUUCACAAAGGAAUACGCCCUCAUCGAUGCAAUGUUUGUAAUAAGACAUUCACGGAGUCAGGUGGUCUCAAACGUCACAUGCAAAUUCACAAAGGAAUACGCCCUCAUCCAUGCAAUGUUUGUAAUAAGACAUUUGCACAAUCCGGAAGUCUCAAACGUCACAUGCAAAUUCACGAAGGAAUACGCCCUCAUCGAUGCAAUGUUUGUAAAAAGACAUUCACGGAGUCAGGUGGUCUCAAACGUCACAUGCAAAUUCACAAAGGAAUACGCCCUCAUCAAUGCAAUGUUUGUAAUAAGACAUUUGAACAAUCCGGAAGUUUCAAACGUCACAUGCAAAUUCACAAAGGAAUACGCCCUCAUCAAUGCAAUGUUUGUGAUAAAACAUUCACACAAUCAAGUAGUUUGAAAAACACAUGCUGA